AUGUUCAUUCUCUUGUCGGACUCACAUGAAUUUCUUAAUCUUGUUAUUUCGUUGAUAACUGACGAAAUAGAUGCUAUUAAAAUUCAAAUAAGUGAACAAUUGUUAUCAUUUAAAAAUGAAAUAGUCGAUCCAACAACAAAUAAUUUUCAAUUUUGUUUAGCUACGGAACGCUGUUGUGAAAUUUGUGGCAUGUCAACAAUUCAAAAAGAAAUUCAUACAGCCCUACUGAUUCAUGUUACAGAUGAUGAAUCGAAAACAUCGAAAAACAAUUCUUUAGCUGAUCUACUUGAAAAUUAUUUCGCGUCGGAAUCCAUGGACGGUUGUUUCUGUGAUAAUUGCCAAUCAAAUCAAAGAAAAUAUAUUAAAUAUAAUCUCGAAAGAUUGCCCCGAAUAUUUAUCUUUUAUUUAAAACGAUGGCAUAUAACAAAAAAUUGCAAUGGCGAACUUCAAUCAGUAUCUAAAGAAGAUCAUCCGAUUGAUUGUCCAAUUGAAAUAAAUGUUUAUCCAUUUUGUUCAUCGAAUACUUGUCAACCACCGAUGAUAGAUUAUGUUGAAGAUUUACCGAAUUUAAAAGAUCUACUUAAACAACGCGAACAAGUUCUACAUACAAUCGAACCUAAACGAACGAGAUUUGAUCCGGUAAAGACGGAAAUAAACGAAGAAAAUAUUAUUGCAACGCAUGCUGAUUAUCAACUUUUUGCUGUGAUUAAUCAUCAUGGUGGUUCAAGUGACGUUGGACAUUAUACAUCUACAGUAUAUGAUGCUAAAAGCGAUAGCUGGUGGUCAUAUGAUGAUACAUCAGUUAAUUCCUGUACGCAACAGCGCGUUUUAAAAGAUUUAGCUCCUGAUGCAUAUGGUGUUAUGUAUAUACAUAAAGAUAUAUUAAAAUUAUUUCAACCUAUGAGUAACAAUUCAAUGCAGUGA